AGAUGUCUGCAGAACCAGAAAUUGCCAAGGAUGCGGUAUUGAAACGAAGUGAACAAAUUCCGGAGGACACUCCUCAGGUACACGGCUAUGAUUUCAACCAGGGUAUCGAUUAUAGCAAGUUGUUCGAGUCCUAUGUUAACACCGGCUUCCAAGCAACCAAUCUUGGUUUGGCUAUUAGGGAAAUUAAGAAAAUGUUGGAUUGCAGGGCUCAGCCGCUAGACGCUGAACAAGAAGAUGUCCACGAGACAGAUGAUUUUAUCAGACGGCGCAGCAAAUGCACAAUCUUUUUGGGCUACACCUCAAAUCUAGUGUCGUCGGGAAUGCGUGAGACACUACGGUUUCUGGCUGAGCAUCGCAUGAUCGACUGCAUAGUAACAACGGCCGGUGGCGUCGAGGAGGAUUUCAUAAAAUGCUUGGCGCCUACCUACAUGGGCUCCUUUGAGCUAAGCGGUCGCGAUUUACGGGAACGUGGUAUUAAUCGCAUUGGUAAUCUGCUGGUACCCAAUGAUAACUACUGUAAAUUUGAGGAUUGGUUAAUGCCACUAUUGGAUGAAAUGCUGGAGGAACAACGUAGUAAGGGCACCGUGUGGUCGCCAUCUCGCAUCAUUCAGCGGCUGGGCGAGCGUAUCGGAGAUCCAAGUUCUAUUUACUAUUGGGCAGCAAAGAAUCAGAUACCCGUUUACUGUCCAGCGCUAACUGAUGGCAGUCUCGGAGACAUGAUGUAUUUUCACUCGUUUCGGCAACCUGGUCUCGUUGUCGACAUCUUAUCCGAUCUGCGGCGACUCAACACAAUGGCCGUUAAGGCUGUCAAUAGCGGCAUGAUUAUUGUAGGCGGCGGCAUAAUUAAACAUCACAUUUGCAAUGCAAAUCUGAUGCGAAAUGGCGCCGAUUACUCGGUGUUCAUCAACACAGCCUCGGAAUUCGAUGGCAGUGACAGCGGAGCCCGGCCGGAUGAGGCCAUAUCUUGGGGAAAGAUACGCAAGGAUGCCACACCAGUUAAGGUGUAUGCCGAGGCCAGUUUGGUGUUUCCGCUCAUAGUGGGCGAGACCUUUGCCAAGCGACACUUUAGCAAGAAAGACUCCACAAUGUAAUUGUGCACGCUGACUCCACACCGUAGCUUGUGUAGUCGUAACAACCACUUUGAGUCGCAAUAACUAGCUCGGUAGUGUGCGGUGUAUCAGUCUCUAAAGUGUCGUGCUUCAUGAAGCCGCAUGCCACAAUGGAGUACUAAGAAAACUGUCCAGGCCCAAGCCCAAGUACAAGCGCAAGCCAAGUUGUCAGCCGCAGUGACUGUGGCAGUAAUGGCAGCAGGAAGCCAUUAAGCGUCGUCGCCUGAGAUGUACAAAAUGUGAUAAACACAACAAGCGUCGCAUUUUCAACUUCACUGGUUUGUUGCUGCAGCUCCCUGCUCCAACUUCAGUUCUGGUUUCGCCCCCAUUGCCAUGUUAUAAUGGUUGUGUAGUGCACUUCUCCAUCGCCUUUACUAGAGCAGGAAAAAUGCAACUUUUGUCAGGCAUUUGAACGACAAAAUGAAAGUUGCGGUCCCUGCUGGCCACAUCUGGAAUUGUUGAUGGGAGAGUGGUCUUAGGCCAUUCCACUACGUAGUAACUCCUCUAUUAUUGUCAUAUUCUAAAAGGCAACUUAGUCUUGGUCGUAAUUGGUUAGGUUUGGCUGCUUUAGCUGUGCACAUAAAUUUUCCACGUCGCUGGCAACUUUGGCGACUUUUCACUUUUGUCAUAUUUUGCCCGCAGUGAGCAUUUUAUGUUUAAUAGUCCGAAAUUGUUUUGGGAAACAAUGCUUUCGCAUAAGCUCACAAAUUUGUCAUUAAUUUUAUGUCGCUAAUGCUACCGCGCUUUCUUUCCUCGCAUUUUCCAACAAGUCAUCUCAAAUUUUAUUGUUGCAGCGCUUUUCCUUUCCAUCCCUUUCAUCAUCCUGCGCUUCUCUCGACCUAAAGUUUGUGCUGCUGUCUGCUGUCUGUGCGCAUCAUUAAAGCCAAAAGAAAACUUUUUCGCACACUUACUUUUCCGCACUCUUCUCAUUCUUUGCUGCCUGGUUUUUCUUUAUGGCUCUCUGCAGUACUUCGACAGUUGGUGCUACAUAUUUUGAGCUAUAGUCAUGUGACGGUCGGUUGAAGAGACGAUGCUGCAACUGCAUUUUCUUUGCAACUUUUUUGUUGGCGCAACUUUUUGGGCUUUUUUGGUUUUGGUUGAAAAAUUAAUGAAUCGUUUGGUUGCCGCGAAGUGCAGGCAGCCCCCAUCUACUACACACUACACUACUACACAUAAUAUAAAAUACUCUGCUUUAUCAAAUUUAUACUGUUUGAAAUAUGCUACCAGAAAAUCGACAACUCAUGUCGACUGUUCAAACUUUUCUGCGCACUUGCAAUGUUUGUAAUCUGUUAGCAUUAACAUUAAAGUUACGGGCUUGUUUAAAUUAAAUA